CCCCUAUUUUUAACCUCUUAUUUUUACUUUUUACAUAUUUUUUUUACCGAUUAUAACAAUAAUGUUUAAUUCUAAAACAAUUAAAACGGAUGUAACAUCACUACACAUAUACAACAAUUUAUUAUUAUCAGGAAUUGGCGGAUUUUUACAUAUAUUUGAAUUGAAUACACAUAAUUUACUAUGCAGAAGAAAUAUAUUUGAAGGUCAUAAAAUUUAUGGUAUAAUUACUUCUGCAAACAGGCGGGAAAGCAUAAUAUAUGGAGGAAAGAAUAUAGCAAUCAUAUCAAAUCUAGAAAACCUUAAAGAGUUAAUAAUAAAGCAGUCACACUUAUUAUCAGAUUGGAUUUUAGAUGCAAAAUGGAUUGAUAAUGAUAGAAAUAUUGCUACUAUUUUUAUGCAUAAUAAAGUUACAGUUUGGUCAGAAAACUUUGUUAAAUUGUGGACAGCAAAAUGUGAAGAAAAGUGUAUAUUGUACAGCGCAAAGAUAUGUCAUGAUUAUACAGAGAACAUGUUAAUUCUUUCUGGAACAGUGUUCAGUGACAUCUUGCUUUGGAAACCACAUGUUUUAAAUUCAAAUGGAGAAUCUCCAGUAUUAACUCGACUGAAACAUCAUAAUGGUGUAAUAUUUAAUAUAGACUACAACCAGAAGACCGGUUGUAUUUGUUCUGCUUCAGAUGACAGGUCAGCUAUAUUAUGGAAAAUAUUGAAUAAAGAGUGUUUGGAAGAAAUAAAUCAGCAUAACUCGGAAAAUCUAAGAAUUAACAUUUCAUGUCAAGUUUAUGGGCACUUAUCCAGGGUAUUUCGAUGUUGUAUUCUUGAAGAUGGCUUUGUCACAGCUGGUGAGGAUUCUUCACUAAUAAUAUGGGAUUUUAAAGGUGGUUUAUUAAGGAAAAUUGAUAAUCAUCAGGGAAGUGUAUGGUCAUUGGCAUAUAAUCACAGCAAAAAUAUAUUAUGCUCUGGUGGUAAUAAUGGUGCAAUUUCAAAAUUCAAUAUAUCAGCCACACAAAAAACAACAGUUAUAUCUUUACUACAGAAUGAAAACCCUAAACAUGUUGGUUUGUUAUUUAGUCAAAAUAUUAUUAGUAUAACAGAGAAAGCAGUAUUUAACGUCUAUAAUAAGAAACUUGAAAAAAUUAAUGAAAUUGCUAUACAUAAAGACCUUCAGAAUUACAACAUUAUGGCUGUAUCAAGCUGUCGAAAAAUGGUUGCUUUAGCAGGAUUUUCUGGCCAAAUUUAUAUAUAUCAAGAAAUAAACAAUGUACUUAAAGAGCUCACUAAAUGUAUUCUAAAAAAUUGUGAAAGAAUCUAUUCAUUUCAUUGGCUCAACUGCAGAACUUUUUUAAUUUGCCAAAAUGAAGGAAAAAUGUCUCUAUGUGUUAUUUAUAAGAAGAGAGUAUGUAUCAUACAAAGAUUUGUUUUGCCUUAUAGCAAAGAAAGAUGGUCAACAUGUGCGAUAUCUUUUAAUGAGCAUAUUGUAAUUGGCGAUAGAAAAGGGAAUAUUUAUAACUAUGUUGUUGGACAGGAAACUCCAUUAAAUUCAUGUAAAAAAGCACACAGUAAUUUAGGUGUAUCAUAUUUAUGUUCACGUAAUAAUAAUAUACUAUCAUUAGGAAAAGAUGGUGUUUUAAAAAAAUACAUAUUUUACAAUGGUCUCCUUACUUGUAUAGAAUCAACCAAAACAAAGCUAUCUUGGUUGGCAUAUUUAGAAGAAAAUUAUUUAAUUGCAUUCUCUGCCAAUAACUUUAUUAUUUCCGAUUAUCAGUUUCAAAGAGUAUUGUUUGAAUACUUUUGUGGAGGUGGUCAUAGGUCUUGGAGUUUCCUUAAUUCCCAAGGAAAUUUUAUGUUUGCUUUCAUAAAGCAAAAAUCACUAAAUUUAAUUGAAGCAAAUCUAGAUGAUUACACACCGAAAGAUAUUAUUCAGGGGUAUCACGUAAAAGAGAUUAAUUCUAUACAAAGCAUUGUGAUUUCAAAGCAACUUUUUCUUAUUUCUGGAGGAGAAGACACAGUUCUUCGUAUCAGUGUUUUAGAUAAUAACUCAAAUAUAAAAUUAUUGUAUAAUUCAAAAGUGCAUUUAUCAAGUAUUCGUGUUAUUAGUGUAUGUAACCUGAUAAAUAAAAUCAAUGAAUAUAUGAUAUUUUCUGCCGGUGGUAGGGCUCAGAUAAUCUCUUGGCAUCUUUCUAUAGAAUUUAAUGACCAUAACUUCCCUAUAGUAACAUGCUCAGAAAAAGGUAAUUUUUAUGAGCCACUGAGAGAAGAUGAAGCUGAAAACAGAAUAAUGGACUUGGCUAUUAUUAUAAUUAAUAAUGAAAUAUUCUUGUUUUCUGGUUGUUCGGAUGGUUAUAUUAAAAUAUAUUUAGUUGAUGAUAAUCUUACUAUGACUUACAAAACAACUCUGACUUACAAACAUACUUGUAUAACAAAACUUCUAAAUGUUUCUAUAAAUAAAUUAAAUGUUCUAGUAAGUAUGGCUACUGAUGGACAUGUAGUAUUUUGGAAUACAUUUGAAAUAAUUAAUGAAAAAAAAAUAAACCCAAUUUCAGGGUUUAAAAUUCAUCAAUCAGGAAUUAGUAGUACCAGUUAUAGAAUUAUAAAUAAUAACAAGCUGUUACUAAUGACAUGCGGUGAUGAUAAUUCGGUAGUUUUUACUUUAUUUGAGAUCAUUCCAAUUAAUAACAAACUGGAAAUAAAAUUACUGGACAAUUUUGUUGAAGACGGUAUUCACUGUGCUCAAAUAACAGGAGCAUAUAUAAAUAAUAACAUAUUUUUGACUAGUUCAAUAGAUCAAAGGGUAGUUUUAGGUACUUUGUGUGUAUCGAAUAAUAAAAUUACUGUUAAACACCUUAACAAAUACAAUUCUGCAAUAGCUGAUCAACAAGGUUUAGAUUGUUUAGAGGAUGAAAAUAGUUUAAAUAUAUUUGUAUAUGGGAAUGGAGUGGAAUAUAUGAAAGUAAAUCUAGAAAAUUUGUGAGGAGCUUUAACUGUUGUAUAGGAAAGAACUGUGAUAUUUUUAUAUUCAGAGAUAAAUAAAAUAUUUGCAAA